AUGGAGAGUAAUUCUUCAGCGGGCCAUGACGGCCUCCAAGCCGCUCGCGCUACCCUGGUCGAGUGCACCCCUGGAAAAACGCAAAUCGGAUUCAUCGGUUUGGGGGUUAUGGGUCGGUCGAUGGCGACUCAUCUCUUGAGAGCAGGCUACCGGAUGAAAGUUUACAAUCGCACUCCGCAAAAGUGCGCGCCUCUCGAGAAGUUGGGCGCCGUCGUGGCGAGAAGUUACCGAGAAGCUGCGGAAGGAAGCGACGUGGUCAUCAGCAUCGUCGGUCACCCCGAGGACGUCGAACAAGUCUACUUGGGACCUGAGGGUGCUCUGGAGGCUCUGCGCGAAGGCGGCGUCAUUGUCGACAUGACCACGAGCACGCCGAGCCUUGCGCAGCGCCUGCACGAGGCAGCUCAGAAGAAACGCGUCUUCUCUCUCGACGCUCCAGUUUCCGGCGGCGAUGUCGGCGCUCGCGAGGCGCGCCUGUCGAUCAUGGCGGGAGGAGACAAGGAGGCUUUCCUCGCCGUCUCGCCUGUGUUUGAGAUUCUCGGGAAGCAAAUCACCUUCUGUGGCGGCCCCGGCACAGGCCAGCACACGAAGAUGACAAAUCAAAUCUUGAUCGCCACCAACAUGAUCGGAGUAGUCGAAGCGCUUUUGUAUGCGAGACGCAUGGGCUUGGAUCUAGAAAAAACGCUCGCCGCAGUCUCCACUGGCGCCGCAGGAAGCUGGUCCCUGGCGAACUACGCACCCCGCAUUCUGAGAGGCGACUACGAGCCAGGCUUCUUCGUGGAGCACUUUGUGAAAGACAUGCAGAUCGCCCUCACGGAGGCUCGCCGAGCAAACCUCGCCCUCCCAGGUCUCGCCUUGGCGCACCAGCUGUAUGUGUCGGUGAUGGCUCUUGGUUUCGGCAAGAAGGGAAUUCAAGCUCUCCAACUUGCUCUGGACAAUUUGAACAAUUUGCGACAAACAAACAACUGA